AACAUAAAAACGGUCUUCAUAAAUAACGGAGACGUUCAAAUAUCGAAUCCGGUUUUCUCGGAAUUAAACAUCGAUUCUUCUACAUCUAUAUCAUCGCAAGAGGGAAUGAUAGGAUUUACAGACCCAGUGCUCUUGAGAGAUCUAAAUUCAAUUUUUACGAAAAAAUCCGAUAUUUAUAGUCUUGGCAUGAUCAUGUGGUCUAUUACAAGUGCAAAACUUCCAUUUCAAAAUUUUAAAAAUCAAACUGCUUUAAUAAAUCACAUAUUGAAUAACGCUCGUGAAGAUCCUUUUGAUGGUACUCCGCAGGCAUUUCUUAAUAUAUACCAGAGAUGCUGGCAAUUAAAUUCAGAUGAACGGCCAACAGCAAAAGAAGUGUAUUUCGAGCUUGAGAGAAUUUCACAAGAAAUGCGUCCCCAGCUUGAGACAAUUCCGCAAAAAGUGCGCCCCCAGCUUGAGACAAUUCCACAAAAAGUGCGUUCCCAGCAUGAAACGGUUCAACAAGGAGUGCAUUCCCAGCUUGAAACAAUUCAACAAGUGAAUUCCCAGCUUGAGACGAUUCCACCAAAAAAACCACUAAAAAUAGAUG